CGCCUCCCGCCUCCCGCCGGCGCUCCCGGCCUUUCCCAUCCGGCCCGCGACGCUCCGCCCGCCCCGUCCCACAUGACACCGCCUCCGCCACAAACUUUUUCCUCCCCAUCCUGCCGCCCGACAGGAAUGGAAAAUGGCCGCCUAGGCGCCGAGUUUCCUGCCCGAGCAGCGGCGGCGGCGGGGGCGCCAUGACGCGCUGGGUGCCCACCAAGCGCGAGGAGAAGUACGGCGUCGCCUUUUAUAACUACGACGCCCGGGGAGUGGACGAGCUUUCCUUACAGAUUGGAGACACCGUGCACAUCUUAGAAACGUACGAAGGCUGGUACAGAGGUUACACCUUAAGGAAAAAGUCUAAGAAGGGAAUAUUUCCUGCCUCAUAUAUUCAUCUUAAAGAAGCAAUCGUUGAAGGAAAAGGGCAAGAUGAAACGGUCAUCCCCGGCGACCUGCCGCUCAUUCAGGAGGUCACCACGACGCUACGGGAGUGGUCCACCAUCUGGCGGCAGCUCUACGUGCAAGACAACAGGGAGAUGUUCCGCAGCGUGCGGCACAUGAUCUACGACCUCAUCGAGUGGCGGUCGCAGAUCCUCUCCGGGACGCUGCCCCAGGAUGAGCUCAAGGAGCUGAAGAAGAAGGUCACCGCCAAGAUCGACUAUGGAAACAGAAUUCUCGACUUGGACUUGGUGGUGCGAGACGAGGAUGGGAACAUCCUGGAUCCGGAACUAACCAGCACCAUCAGCCUCUUCAGAGCUCAUGAAGUGGCGUCCAAACAAGUGGAGGAAAGGUUACAGGAGGAGAAGUCCCAGAAGCAGAACAUGGACCUCAGCCGGCAGGCGAAGUUCGCCGCCACGCCCUCCCUGGCCUUGUUCGUCAACCUCAAAAACGUGGUGUGCAAAAUCGGAGAGGAUGCCGAGGUGCUCAUGUCCCUCUAUGACCCCGUGGAGUCCAAGUUCAUCAGUGAAAACUACCUGGUUCGCUGGUCAAGUUCAGGAUUGCCCAAAGAUAUAGACAGAUUACAUAAUCUGCGGGCUGUUUUCACCGACCUGGGCAGCAAGGACCUGAAGAGGGAGAGAAUCAGCUUCGUCUGUCAGAUCGUCCGCGUGGGCCGCAUGGAGCUGAGGGACAACAACACGCGGAAGCUGACCUCGGGCCUGCGGCGGCCCUUCGGCGUGGCCGUGAUGGAUGUAACAGAUAUAAUAAAUGGAAAAGUGGACGACGAGGAUAAACAGCAUUUCAUCCCCUUCCAGCCGCUCGCGUUGGACGACGCCAUUCGACACAAGCCGCUGAACAUGUCAUCCCGUUUUUCACCCAGGGUGGCAGGGGAGAAUGACUUCCUUCAGACUGUUAUAAACAAAGUCAUUGCUGCCAAGGAAGUCAACCACAAGGGCCAAGGCCUGUGGGUCACUCUGAAGUUGCUCCCUGGCGACGUCCAUCAGAUCAGGAAGGAGUUUCCGCACUUAGUGGACAGGACCACGGCCGUGGCCCGGAAGACGGGGUUCCCCGAGAUCAUCAUGCCUGGUGAUGUUCGAAACGACAUCUACGUGACACUAGUCCAAGGAGAUUUCGAUAAAGGAAGCAAAACCACGGCGAAGAACGUGGAGGUCACGGUGUCUGUUUACGAUGAAGACGGCAAGCGGCUGGAGCACGUCAUCUUCCCGGGCGCCGGCGACGGGGCCAUUUCCGAGUACAAGUCCGUCAUUUACUACCAGGUCAAGCAGCCGCGCUGGUUCGAGACCGUGAAGGUGGCCAUCCCCAUCGAGGACGUCAACCGCAGUCACCUCCGCUUCACCUUCCGCCACCGCUCCUCGCAGGACUCCAAGGAUAAAUCCGAGAAAAUAUUUGCACUGGCGUUUGUGAAGCUGAUGAGAUACGACGGGACGACGCUGAGGGAUGGCGAGCACGACCUCAUUGUCUACAAGGCCGAAGCGAAGAAGCUAGAAGACGUGGCCACGUACCUGAGCCUGCCCUCCACGAAGGCGGAGCUGGAGGAGAAGGGCCACUCGGCCACGGGCAAGGGCAUGCAGAGCCUGGGCAGCUGCACCAUCAGCAAAGACUCCUUCCAGAUCAGCACCCUCGUCUGCUCCACGAAGCUCACACAGAACGUGGACCUGCUGGGCCUCCUCAAGUGGCGCUCCAACACCAACCUGCUGCAGCAGAACCUGCGCCAGCUCAUGAAGGUGGACGGCGGGGAGGUGGUCAAGUUCCUCCAGGACACCCUGGACGCGCUGUUCAACAUCAUGAUGGAGAACUCGGAGAGCGAGACCUUCGACACGCUCGUGUUCGAUGCUCUGGUGUUCAUCAUCGGACUCAUUGCCGACAGGAAGUUCCAGCACUUCAACCCCGUGCUGGAAACCUACAUUAAGAAGCACUUCAGUGCGACGCUAGCCUACACGAAGCUGACGAAAGUGUUGCGGAACUACGUGGACAACGCCGAGAAGCCGGGAGUCAACGAGCAGCUGUACAAAGCGAUGAAGGCCCUGGAGUACAUCUUCAAGUUCAUCGUGCGCUCCCGCGUGCUCUUCAACCAGCUCUACGAGAACAAGGGUGAGGCCGACUUCAUGGAGUCCCUCCUGCAGCUGUUCCGGUCCAUCAGCGCCAUGAUGAGCAGCAUGUCGGACCAGACCCUCAGGGUGAAGGGGGCAGCGCUGAAGUACCUGCCAACGAUCGUCAACGACGUGAAAUUGGUGUUUGAUCCCAAAGAGCUCAGCAAAAUGUUUACUGAUUUCAUCCUCAACGUUCCCGUGGGCUUGCUGACCAUCCAGAAGCUGUACUGCUUGAUCGAGAUCAUCCACACUGACCUCUUCACACAGCACGACUGCAGGGAGCUCCUGCUGCCCAUGAUGACGGACCAGCUCAAGUACCACCUGGAGCGGCAGGAGGACCUGGAGGCCUGCUGCCAGCUGCUCAGCAACGUGCUGGAGGUGCUGUCCCGCAAGGACGUGGGCCCCACCCAGCGGCAUGUGCAGGUCAUCAUGGAGCGGCUCCUCCGGACGGUGAACCGCACGGUCAUCUCCAUGGGCCGGGACUCGGAGCUCAUCGGAAACUUCGUGGCUUGCAUGACCGCGAUUUUGCGGCAGAUGGAAGAUUAUCAUUAUGCCCAUUUGAUCACGACUUUCGGGAAGAUGAGGACGGACGUGGUGGACUUCCUGAUGGAAACUUUCAUCAUGUUCAAGAACCUCAUUGGGAAGAACGUGUACCCGUUCGACUGGGUGAUCAUGAACAUGAUGCAGAACAAAGUCUUCCUGCGAGCGAUUAAUCAGUAUGCAGAUAUGCUGAACAAAAAAUUCCUGGAUCAAGCCAACUUCGAGCUGCAGCUCUGGAACAACUACUUCCACCUGGCGGUCGCGUUCCUCACCCAGGAGUCCCUGCAGCUGGAGAACUUCUCAAGCGCCAAGAGAGCCAAGAUCCUGAACAAAUAUGGAGACAUGAGGAGACAGAUCGGCUUCGAGAUCAGGGACAUGUGGUACAACCUCGGUCAGCACAAGAUAAAGUUCAUUCCGGAAAUGGUUGGCCCCAUGUUGGAGAUGACGCUGAUCCCUGAGACGGAGCUGCGCAAGGCCACCAUCCCCAUCUUCUUCGACAUGAUGCAGUGUGAGUUCCACUCCACGCGCACCUUCCAGAUGUUCGAAAACGAGAUCAUCACCAAGCUGGACCACGAGGUGGAAGGUGGCCGCGGGGACGAGCAGUACAAAGUGCUCUUCGACAAGAUCCUCCUGGAGCACUGCCGGAAGCACAAGUACCUGGCGAAGACGGGCGAGACGUUCGUGCGGCUGGUGGUGCGCCUGAUGGAGCGGCUGCUGGACUACAGGACCAUCAUGCAUGACGAGAGCAAGGAGAACCGCAUGAGCUGCACCGUCAACGUGCUGAAUUUCUACAAAGAAAUUGAAAGAGAAGAAAUGUAUAUCAGGUACCUGUACAAACUGUGCGACCUGCACAAGGAGUGUGACAACUACACGGAGGCGGCGUACACCCUGCUGCUCCACGCGAAGCUGCUGAAGUGGUCGGAGGACGUGUGCGUGGCCCACCUCACCCAGCGGGACGGGUACCAGGCGACGACGCAGGGGCAGCUGAAGGAGCAGCUGUACCAGGAGAUCAUCCACUACUUCGACAAGGGCAAGAUGUGGGAGGAGGCCAUCGCCCUGGGCAAGGAGCUGGCCGAACAGUACGAAAACGAAAUGUUCGAUUAUGAGCAGCUCAGCAAACUGCUGAAAAAACAAGCUCAGUUCUACGAAAACAUCGUCAAGGUGAUCAGGCCCAAGCCGGACUACUUCGCUGUCGGCUACUACGGGCAGGGAUUUCCCACGUUCCUGCGGGGCAAAGUCUUCAUCUACCGGGGGAAGGAGUACGAGCGCCGGGAGGACUUUGAGGCUCGGCUCUUAACUCAGUUUCCAAACGCCGAGAAAAUGAAGACCACGUCCCCGCCCAGCGAGGAGAUCAAAAGCUCCCCCGGCCAGUAUAUCCAGUGCUUCACGGUGAAGCCCAAGCUGGACCUGCCCCCGAGAUUCCACAGGCCGGUCUCCGAGCAGAUCGUGAGCUUUUACAGGGUGAACGAGGUCCAGCGAUUUGAAUAUUCUCGGCCGAUCCGCAAGGGAGAGAAAAACCCAGACAAUGAAUUUGCGAACAUGUGGAUCGAGAGGACCGUCUACACGACCGCGUACAAGCUGCCUGGAAUUCUCAGGUGGUUUGAGGUCAAGUCCGUUUUCAUGGUGGAGAUCAGCCCCCUGGAGAACGCCAUCGAGACCAUGCAGCUGACCAACGACAAGCUGGACGGCAUGGUGCAGCAGCACCUGGAGGACCCCAGCCUGCCCAUCAACCCCCUCUCCAUGCUCCUCAACGGCAUCGUGGACCCGGCCGUCAUGGGCGGCUUCGCCAACUACGAAAAGGCCUUCUUCACGGACCGGUACCUGCAGGAGCACCCGGAGGCGCACGAGAAGAUCGAGAAGCUCAAGGACCUGAUCGCGUGGCAGAUCCCGUACCUGGCCGAAGGGAUCCGGAUUCACGGGGAGAAGAUCACCGAGGCGCUGCGGCCCUUCCACGAGCGCAUGGAGGCCUGCUUCCGGCAGCUGCGGGAGAAGGUGGAGAAGCAGUACGGCGUCCGGGCCAUGCCCUCCAGCCUGGAUGACCGGCGAGGCAGCCGCCCGCGCUCCAUGGUGCGGUCCCUCACCAUGCCCUCCGCGUCCCGGCCCCUGUCGGUGGCCUCGGUCUCCUCCCUGUCAUCGGACAGCACCCCCUCCAGACCCGGCUCGGAUGGGUUCGCCCUGGAGCCCCUGCUGCCCAAGAAGAUGCACUCCCGGUCGCAGGACAAGCUGGACAAGGACGACCCCGACAAGGACAAGAAGGACAAGAAGAAGGAGAAGCGGAACAGCAAACACCAGGAGAUAUUCGACAAGGAGCUGAGGCCCGUGGACGCGGCCCCCCAGGGCUCCGAGGCCGUGAUCCUGUCCGAGACGAUAAGCCCCCUGCGGCCCCAGAGGCCGAAGAGCCAGGUGAUCAACGCCAUCGGAAGCGAGAGGCGCUUCUCCGUGUCCCCGACGUCACCCACCUCCCAGCAGACGCCCCCGCCGGUCAUGCCCCGGACCAAGCUCAGCUUCAGCCUGCAGUCCAGUCUGGAGCUGAACGGCAUGAGCGGGAUGGACGUGGCCGAGGUCCCGCCCCCUCUGCCCCUGAAGGGCAGCAUGGGGGACUACGGGAACCUGAUGGACAGCCAGGACCUGCUGGGCUCGCCCCCGCCGCCCCCUCCUCACCACAGGCACCUGCCGCCCCCGCUGCCCAGCAAGACCCCGCCCCCGCCGCCCCCGAAGACCACGCGCAAGCAGACGUCCGUGGACUCUGGGAUUGUGCAGUGAGCGAGCCGUCCCCCUCCCUGUCCCCUCUGUCUGGCGUUUACCUCAUCGGACCCGUGAUGUCUGACACUCGGGGCAGUUGCUCCUCUUUAAAAGGAGUUUGUUCUCAGCCGUGGGAUGCGCAACCCUUCGGAGUGGGGAGCGAGGUGGACGCGGGCCUGGGGCGUCCUGGGCGUGUGUCCACAUCAGGGGCUGCCAAUGGGCCUCCCUGAGAGCCCAAGUCUUGCCUCAAAGCCCUUCCUUUCGGUGCCAAAUGCCACCUGAGCAGGAGCAGGUGGAGCUGACCUGAGCGCGGCCGGGGUUAGCCCAUCGGCCGGAGAACCGAGAGCGCUGGGCGUCGGGCGUCACGCCUUCUCCUCGGCCAGACCCAGCUUCCCCGCGGGAUGGGGCCCAGCCCUCCUCCCUCCGCCUGCGGCUCGCGGGGACUUUGCUGGUUGGACGUAUCUUCUUCCACCGACGUAACAUCAACCCUUUCCGGAGUUCCUGUCUCCUUUGGGAUAAUUUAAAAUAGGAUAUUUCUCAGCUACUGAACAGCUACUAAUUUAUGGAGUGGAAACACGCUUACAAAUCCUGGAUCAAGUGGAAAAAUAACUGAGUAUAGGAAGAUCCGUUUUCUUUCUCUUUUUAAAUAAAGAAUGGGUGAGCCCCGGGAGGUGGCCGAACGGGGUGAAUUCUCAUCCUCUGUACAGACUGUGUAUAUACGAUGGCUCUCGGGGCUCGUCUUCGUCUCUGUGGGCCUUGCGUUUAUUGGAACAGUGUCCGCAGGCGUUCUCCACGUGGGCUCUUCAUUUUCAGUUCCUGGAAAUGUAAAAAAAAUAAAUAAACUGUCCACGUGAAGUUCUGUUGUUGUUUUUUCAAAGCUCCAAUGUCCUGAAAAUGUCGCUGAAUGAUGAUUUUGAAAAAACAAAAAAACAAAAACUAACGUUGUGUAACCUAAUAUUUUUAUUCUGUCAUCUAUAUUUUUUUAUUCACUGUAAUCAUGAUACCCUUGUAGUAGGCUCCAGAGUUAAUCACUGACAAUGAAAAAUAAAAUGUUAUUUUAAAAGA